CCUGUGAUCCGGGGAAUCCGUUCCCAGCAAUAACCUCCUCCCCAGCAGCAUCCCAUCACAUCCUGAGCCCUUCCCCUUCAGCUCUUAAAGGGGCAGGAAAAUUCCCAUUUCCCUGAGCCCUUGCAGCUCCCACGGCUGUAAACCCCCCGAAUUUCCCAGAUCCUGGGAGAAGGAAAGCAGCUGGAGCAGCCAAAUCUGUGGGGAAGGAGGAUGAGGAGCAGCUGACGGGGGGGGACAGGCUGAGCCCUUCCCACCCUCUGGGAGCCCCAGCGUUUGUCCUGGGGGAGGAAUUUCAUCCUACACUCCCUGGAGGAGCAGGAGCUGAAGCUCCCUCAGCCCAGUGAACUCCGAGCAGCAGAGAUUUUCCAGCAAGACAUCUUCCUUUUUUCCAAUCUGUCUCAUUUCUGGGCACCUUUCUGUCCCCCUUUUGCAGGAACAUCCCCAAAUCCUCCUUCCCUCCCUGUUCUGUCCCCAACUUACAGGAAUGUCCCCAAAUCCCCCUUCCCUCCCUGUUCUGUCCCCAGCUUGCAGGAAUGUCCCCAAAUCCCUGUUCCCUCCCUGUUCUGUCCCCAACUUGCAGGAAUGUCCCCAGAUCCCUGUUCCCUCCCUGUUCUGUCCCCCUCUUGCAGGAACAUCCCCAAAUCCCCCUUCCCUCCCUGUUCUGUCCCCCUUUUGCAGGAAUGUCCCCAAAUCCCCCUUCCCUCCCUGUUCUGUCCCCCUUUUGCAGGAACAUCCCCAAAUCCCUGUUCCCUCCCUGUUCUGUCCCCCACAUCCCCUUCCCCUCACUUUGUCCCCCUUUCCCACCUUUCCCCCCUCUCCCCAAGCCUCCUCAUCCCGUUUUUCCCCGCUCCAGCCCCUCGUUCUGCCCCGUUUCCCCCCCGUUGGUCCCCUCGGUUCCCGGUCGCUCACUGCCACGUCAGGGCCUCGUGCUCCGGGCGAUGAUUCCGCCCUGGAUCCCCGGGGUGUGACUCAGUUUCCCCUCCCCAAGAGGCUCAGCUCACACACGGGGGGUGACCCCUCUCUGGGGGACCCCCGUGGGGAAGGGGUGACAGGGACUCUUCCCCCCUCUUGGUGCUGCUCCAUCCCUGGGAUGAUCCAUCCUCGUUCCCGUGGCUGGAGGGUGACGGUGACGGUGAUGAUGAUGAUGAUGAUGAUGAUGAUGUCAGUGUCCCCGGCGUGGCACGUCUGGGGACAGGGCACCGGUGCCACCGCCAUGUUCCGCCUCGUCCUGGCAGGAGCCGCGUGAUGAGGUGACUGUCACCUCAGAAAAUCCCACUGGGACCCCCAAAUUGGGUACGGGGAGGCAGCGCCGGGUUGGGGACACCGGGGACAGGGUGCUGUCCUCAGUUCCUGCUGGCACAUGAUGUCCCCCAGCUCCUGAAGGAGGCGGGUGCUCAGCCCCGACCCCUCGGCCACGGGGAGCGCUUGGGGACGAGGCCGGUGCUCCCCAGGGCAGCAGGAUGUCCCCAGGGUGCGAUGUCGGGACAAGAGGGUGUCCCCAGGGCAGGAUGGUGGGGUGGGAGGAUGUCCCGGGGACAGGAGGACAUCCUGGGGACUGGAGAACCUCCCGGGGACAGGAGGACAUCCUGGGGACAGGAGAACAUCCUGGGGACAGGAGAACGUCCUGGGGACAGGAGAACAUCCUGGGGACAGGAGAACAUCCCGGGGACAGGAGGACAUCCUGGGGGCAGGAGAACGUCCCGGUGACAGGAGAACAUCCUGGGGACAGGAGGAUAUCCCUGGGACAGGAGAACGUCCCGGGGAGAGCAGAACAGCCCGGGGACAGCAGAACAGCCCGGGGACAGCAGAAUGUCCCAGGGACAGCAGAACAGCCCGGGGACAGCAGACCGUCCCGGGGACAGCAGAACGCCCUGGGGACAGCAGAACAUCCCGGGGACAGCAGAACGCCCCGGGGACAGCAGAACAUCCCGGGGACAGCAGAACGCCCUGGGGACAGCAGACCGUCCCGGGCAGGACCCGCCACCAGCCGGGGCUGACUCAGCUCGUCCCGCAGCAUCACGUGCAGUCGGGGGCAGCCCCUUCGUCCCCCCUCCUUGUCCCCUCCUUCCCUCCAGCCCAUCCGAACCCGAUGCCUGCCAAAAUUUUCCGGCUGCCUCCGAACUUCCUCAAUCCAGCAGCAUAAAAACGCGGCGGCCGCGGCUCCCGCAGGCCCGGCGCUCCCACCGACGGCUCCGUGCCGGCGCUGAGCUGGUCCCCAGGAUGUGGUGGCCCGUGCUGCUGGCCCUGCUGGUCCCUGCCGUGCUGGCCCAGUUGCACCCGGAGCCUGAACUGGAUGCGCAGUGGGAGCUGUGGAAAAAAACCCACCGCAAGCAGUACAACGGCCAGGCGGACGAGGUGACGCGGAGGCUGAUUUGGGAGAAGAACCUCAAAUACAUCAACACCCACAACCUGGAGCACUCCCUGGGCGUCCACACCUUCGAGCUGGCCAUGAACCACCUGGGCGACAUGACCAGCAAGGAGGUGGCGAGGACGAUGACCGGGCUGAAGGCGCCGCGUGGUCACCGACGCCGCAACGAGACGCUCUUCGUCCCCGACUGGACCGAGAGAGCCCCGGCCGCCGUGGACUGGCGCAAGAAGGGUUACGUGACCCCUGUCAAGAACCAGGGCCAGUGCGGCUCGUGCUGGGCUUUCAGCUCGGUGGGUGCCCUGGAGGGGCAGCUGAAGAGGAAGACGGGGAAGCUGCUGUCCCUCAGCCCCCAAAACCUGGUGGACUGCGUGGCCAACAACGACGGCUGCGGGGGCGGGUACAUGACCAACGCCUUCGAGUACGUCCGGCAGAACCGCGGCAUCGACUCCGAGGACUCCUAUCCCUACAUCGGCCAGGACGAGAGCUGCAUGUACAGCCCCACCGGGAAGGCGGCCAAGUGCCGCGGCUACCGCGAGAUCCCCGAAGGGAACGAGAAGGCUUUGAAGAGGGCGGUGGCCCGGAUCGGUCCCAUCUCCGUGGGCAUCGACGCCAGCCUGCCCUCCUUCCAGUUCUACAGCCGGGGCGUUUACUACGACGAGAGCUGCAACGCCGAGAACAUCAACCACGCCGUGCUGGCCGUGGGCUACGGGGCGCAGAAGGGCACCAAGCAUUGGAUCAUCAAGAACAGCUGGGGCGAGGAAUGGGGCAACAAGGGUUACGUCCUCCUAGCCCGCAACAUGAACAACGCCUGUGGCGUGGCCAACCUGGCCAGCUUCCCCAAGAUGUGAGGAGCGCGCCCUGCCCUUCCCUCCCCACUGCCCUGCCCUCCAGCUCGGCCUCUUCUUCCCGCUCUCAAAGCUCCCGGGGGGAAUUCUUUGUCUCCCUGAGGAAUUUCCCCUGGGAAGGGGAGAGACGUCCCCUCUUCCACCUGCGGGGAAUGGGGGACGAGCCCCCCUCAACCCUGUUUUCCACAUUUUUGCCACGCUGGCUUCUGCCUCCCCGUGGCCUGUGCUUGGCCGGAUCCGUGGAGGUCGAUCCACCCAGACAAGCUUCAGGAAAUGGCUUCUGCCUCAGGAAUACUGGGGUGGAGGUGGAAUAUUCCCAGUGGAGAACACAGAUCCUUCUCCCUCCCCCCUGUAUCCCAGUGGAGGCUGCUGAGAACGAUACGAUUUUAUUUUUCAACUAAAAUUGGGAAUAAGGCUUGGA